UUCAACUUUUUCCCCAGCAUUGUGGCCUUUCCCAGCAAGUCUCACCUUCUCACGGUAUUUCAUAUAAAUUUUUUGUGAACUCUUAUCUUUCCUGCAACGCCACAGAUGGGUUGGAAUAAGAAGAACUCAUCAAGAAGUUCAGCCCGAUCUCCCUUGACUUCAUUUGCUAAUUGCAACCAAUUGUUUAGAUGUGCUCCCUGUCAUGGUGUUUGAGAAGCAGAAUGGGAAGGUGGUAGUGCAUCUGGGACCCAAACAUCAGGCCUAUCCAGAGGAGAUAAUCCGACAGCGUCGUGGUCGUAAUGGAGAUGCUGAAUAUUUGAUUCGCUGGAACAUCCUCAGCUCAGAGAAUGGUACAGGAAGGAGCCCCAGCACCUCUUUGACAGAGAGCAAAAUGGAGAACAUCUUGAUGUGGAUGUCAGCAGAUGAUGUUUAUGCCAACUGUCCAGUACUGUUAGGCAAGAGAGAUCCCAAGGAGCAGUGGGUGGAGGAGGCCUCCAGCUGCCUCCCCCCUGAUGUCACUUUGGAUGAAGCUUCCAUUUUGGAGAUGAAGGUGGAUGUCAGGAACCUGGUGGAGCGAGCUGCUUGGCAGAUGCUCCCUCAGUCGUCCAUCCUGAACACCAUCCAUGUGCUGAGCGUUUAUGCCAGUAUUGGGGCUUUGAUGGAUGUCUUCAAGGAGACAGGUGCUCUCAAUCUGCUGAUGAAAAUGUUGUGUCAUGAAGAGCAGAUCAUCUGCCGUAGUGCUGGCAAGAUGCUGAGGGCUCUGGCUUCACACAAUGCAGGUAGCCGAGCCUAUGUUCUCCUAUCCCUGAGCCAGCAGGAGGACAUUGAACAGCACAUGGACUUCGAUAGUCGCUAUACCCUCCUUGAGCUGUUUGCUGAAACAACAUCCUCAGAAGAGCACGCCAUGUCCUUUGAAGGGCUCCCUCUUCCUCAGAUCCCCGGGAAGCAGCUGUUUUCUCUGGUGAAGCGCUACCUCUGGGCCACCUCUCUUAUGGACGAACUCAAUGCCACUGGAGAGCCAGGCAGGGAGUGCCAGCCUUCUAGCUCCCCCCGUGCAAACUCUGGGGGAAAGACAAAGCUGCAAUGUGAGUUUGACUUCAAUAUGGCCCUGGCUCACUUCUUUUCAGAGCUGGUGCAAAUUAUGGGCUGGAAUGGCAAUCAAGACUAUCCGUUGCUCAAAGUGAGGCAGCCUCGAGCUGUUCAGUCUAUUUUCCAGCCCCCGAUUACCCUCUGUGACCCCAUCCCACGAGCUGCACAGCCACCCCAGGAAGAGAGCAGUACUUUCAAACAACGUUCAGCCUUCUCCAGUCGCAGCAGCUACGUGGAGUAUGUCCAGGAGAAGGUGGUGCGCGGCAUGCGGGUGCGCAUGUUGCAAGACUACGAGAAGGUCUCUGCGGGAGAUGAAGGCGAAUUCCUGCAGAGCAAUGACGGCACCCCCCCUGUCCAGGUUUACUGGGAGUCACUGGGCCGCAUGUACUGGGUCCACUGGGACAUGAUAGAAAUUGUUGGUACAUCACGGCAUGCAUAUCAGAAAGCCCAGGAAAAAUUAUUCAGCCUUACAGAGACUCAGAGACAGGACAUAGUUUCGCAGGUAACCUACUGCCAACCCCUCAGGGGGCUGUAUUCCCUGCCCUAUCUGACAGAUCAGCAGAAUAAUGGGAACUCUGGAACACUGAGCCGGGCUGAGUGGUGGGAGCUUCUGUUCUUCAUCAAGAAGCUGGAGCUCCAUAAACAGCAGGAGCUCCUUGAGUUCAUCCAGCAGAACCAGAAGCUCUCAGAACUUGACGAAGAAGGCCUGAUCCAGAUGUCUGUGUCAGUAGAGCUGGCUCAACAGGUGCUACAGCUCCUGAGCAAGCAUGGCCAGGACUGCAUGCAACGGGACCUGCAGAGUUCUCAUGUCUAUCUCAAGUAUUCCUUCAGCAAAGGACGGAUGGAGCAGAACAUCCAGAAGUCGGACAUGAUGCCUGAAAAACGUGAUGGCCUUUUGAAUGUCAUGGUAUCCCAGAAACCAGAGAAGAGGUCACUGUCUGCUGAAGGACCCUCUCCAUCACUAAGAGAAAAGACUGACAUGCAACUAGUUCAUGAGCUCCUCAGGUUGGAAGGACUUUCCUUCCCAACCACAUUGGAUGAGAAAGCCAAAGCUUUCUGCAGCGUGAAAGUGGCUGGGAAGAAAAGCACCUUGGAGCAACUGGCAGAUGCCAUGGAGAUGAUCCAGAAAUCCUACAGCGACAUUGAGCUGCAGAUGGCUGGUCUCAGAUUCAUCACCAGGAUCUUGGAAAAGGAUCACGAGCAAGAGAGAUUGGCUGUCAAAGCAGUGGAGGAACUUGCCAUUAGGGAGAACAUGGUGGAGAUGCUGGUGGAGUUGUUGAACCACCGACUGAAGGAAAACCUGCUCAUGGUCCUGGCCCUGCAGCUGCUGUAUGCACUCCUGGCAAAACACGACUGGCGGGUAUUCUUUGCCACCAAAGGUGGGCUGCACUCUGUGCUGAGUUGCAUGCAGCAGCACCCCAUGUCCGCCUCUGUGCAGCAGGCUGGCUUGGCUGUGUUAAAGAUACUGCUAGGAGCUGGGAACUGUGAACUAUCAGGAAACUGUAGAAAGCACUACCCCCUGGAUCGCUCCGGUGCCCAGGUGAUGGAAAAGAUCUUGACCAGCAUUGGUUCUGCAUCUGAAAAUUUGCUCAGUGCCAUACCUGCUGCUCUUCAGAAGAUGAUGAACACACCUGGGGCCUCUUCGGGGGUGCAGAACGGGCUCCUGGUCCUGAACAAGCUGAUGGAGCACCACCAGGGCCUGGUGGAGCAGCUGGGGCCCGGUGGCCUCCACUCCCUCCUUCAGAGCUGCUGCCAUUCAGAACAUGCCUCCCACGAGAUGCUGGCUCAGAUAGCACUCAGACAUCUAACUGAACAGAAGCCGCCCCGAAACCAAGAGGGUGCAGACUCUCGUGCUUCUAUGAAUCUGAAGGACAUAAAUGCAACCAAAUUGCUGAGCGACCUGCGCAGGAGUGGCAUUUGCAAGGAGAUGGUGAGGGCACUGGAAAGCUGCCUCCAUUGCAUGGACCCCUGUCUGGAUGGAGAGGGUUACAAGUUUUUGGUGGAUGUGCUUCUACUCAAAGACUUGGCCCAGCAAGGAUCGGAGAAGGAGUUCCAGCUGGGAGCAUUAAGGAUCCUGAACAAGUGUUUGGAUUGCUCCCAGAAGGAUGCAGUGCCCUGGCAUAAGAUCCUUGAGCCAUGUCUAUCUUCUCUGAGUGUCCAUAUAAAUGACCGAGAGGUGGUUCAACAGUUCAUCCAUUUCCUGCACGGCCUGGGCACCCUGAACAAAGACUGUGCGGUUCUGAUGUGCUGUCUGGGUGCCAAGGAGACCUUGGCUAAAGUGACGGAGAAGCACGGCGCCGAUCUGCCACAGGUGGCAGAACUGGGGGUUGUUCUGAGCAGCUGUGAGAAGUACGCGAGCCUGUAUAAGAAGAUGACCAUCAGCAUCCUGGCGGGGUGCAUUCAGAUGGUUCUACGACAAAUAGAUGAACAUAGGCAAAGCCAUCAGCCCAUCAACGUCCCAUUCUUUGAUGUCUUCUUGCACAACCUUUGUCAAGGCUGCAGCAGGGAAGUGAAGGAGGACACGUGCUGGGAACGGGUGGAAGUCUCUUCCAACACCCACAUGGCCAACAGAUUACUGGAUGGCAACCCCAAGACCUACUGGGAAUCAAACGGCACUAUCGGCUCCCACUACAUCAGAGUCUACAUGCACCGUGGGGUAGUAGUCCAGUCUUGAACUCUCAACAGGAUCCCAAUUUUUACUCUGCAGCCACUGCUCUCUCCCUGUACAGGCGGAU